AUGGGCUUCGUUGAGUGUAGUUUAGUGGCUCUAGCGCUUCUCGCGCUGCAGUAUCAAGCUUUGGCUCAAGUUCAUGCUUCCAGUCGAAGUGCGAAUGGUCUCUUCGGCAGCGAAAGUGAAAUUGACUUGAGCUCUGGAGAUAACUCUGCUGCCUAUCAAGCUAACGGCUACCUGCCUCCUAUCAAUGACUCUCCUUCGAAUCAAAUAGCCUCUUUCUCCGGACUACCUAAAGAGCCUGAAGAUAACUCCGGUCAUGACGAUUCGCCAACGAACGUCCAACAAAAUGUGGCUUUCCCACCUGCUUUCCAACCACAAAUUGGAUGUGCUGCCGCCCUCCUUUGCGUUGAAGAGCAGUUCUGCACUUCGACCGGUGUCAUCAGCAAGACGUCUAUUCAACUUACCGAAGAACAGAAAUUGAGACGUGUACCCAUGGUGGACUGUAAAAAUCCAGAUAAUGGAGUCAUUGGCAAGUGUUGCCGUGAUCCUGACUACGUCGACCCAUGGCCAGCAGGCAACUUGUCUCCCGAGCAGCUUAAACAAGGCUUCGAUGAGCAGGGUUUUCCUAAAUUCUUGAACCUCACCAAAAACAAGCCACAGAGACCUUUUAAACCACUCCCAGUGCUAAAGCCGACCAGUCAAUUCAAUGAAGUUGUCAGGCCUCAAGCACCUAUCAAAGUAUCUCAACAACCACAGAACUUUCGUCCAUUAACUCCAAUACUGUCACCUCCGACUAGUUUCCAAGCAAACAAGAUCGUUCCUGAAAACAAACCAUUCCAAUCUCAGCCAACAUUUGGCCAAGCUCAACUGCCUACAUUCCAACAGAAACCAGUCGAGUCAAAAAAUCCAUUUUUGCAGCCAUCCCAACCUUUCCAACCUCAACAGACCUUCCAACCACAACAGUCGCAGACAUUUCGACCUCAACAUCCAAUUGAAUCAGCUGAAUUCCCUCAGCAAGCUAAACAGCCCGAGAUAAUAGUAGUACCAGAUCAUUUUCAGUCUUUCGUGUCAGAGCAACCUCAGAUUUUCAAGCCAAAGCAAUCACAAGAUAUCGUGCCACAAAAAACAUACGUUACUGUGCAAAAGCAAUCCCAGGCUUUCAUCCCUCAUCGACCCCAAGCGUUUGUGCCACAACAACCCUCUGAUUUCCAAGUGAAAAAACCAAAACAGCCUAGUUUCACCAUUACGGUGACUGAGCAGCCCCAAAUUUCUCACCAAUCUAACCAACCAUCAUUUAUUCAACCAGAACAACCAUUAUCCGUUCAACCAGAACAACCAUCGUACGUUCAACCUGAACAACCAUCAUAUGCUCAACCUGAACAACCAUCAAAUGUUCAACCAGAACAACCAUCAUACGUUCAACCUGAACAACCAUCAUACGUUCAGCGCGAACAACAAGAACACAUUCAGCCCGAACAACAAUCAUACGUUCAGCCCGAACAACCAUCAUACAUUCAACCGGAACAAUAUUCACACGCUCAACCUGAAGAACCAUUAUACGUUCAGCCCGAAAAAUCAACACACGUUAAGCCUGAACAGCCAUCAUACGUUCAGCCCGAACAACCAUCGUUUGUUCAGCCAGAACAACCGUCGUACGUUCAGCCAGAACAACCAUCUUAUGUCCAGUCUGAACAACCAUCAUACAAUCAGCAAAAACAACCUGUUCAACGCCCACAGUACGAUCAUUUUUCAACACAUAACCAGAUCAACGGACAACCGAAAGGUCCUUUAGAGUCAAUUCAACAAGGCCUGCAGAAUUUCCAACAAUCAUUCGCCAACCAAAUCAAUAACUUUGGCUUUGGAAAACCCCAGCAAUCUGAUGUGCAAGUUAUUGAUGCACCAACAAUUGAAAAUGUACCUGAGCCUAUUACCACUAAAAAACCUUUCUUUAGCUUGCCAAGCUUCUCUGGAUUUGGACAGAAAACUGUUGAGAAUCAAAUUCCAGUUCUUUCAACAGUAUCCAUCGCUCCACACACUCCUGGCGCUCAGUGCGGAAUCAUCAAUCAGGUUCAGCAUAAUUAUGCCGAAGGUUUGAAUGACGUUCAAACUCCUUUUGGUGAAAUACCAUGGCAAGCAAUGAUUCUUCACAAUGUUGAGAAGAAACUGCUCUGCUCUGGUGCCAUCAUCGCACCGAAUGUAGUCAUGACUGCUGCUCACUGUGUUUAUGGAAUGAACCCAAGUGAAAUAGCGAUCAAAGUUGGCGAAUGGAAACUCGGCUAUGAGCUGAAACACGAAGAACCCUUACCCUUCGAAAUUGUCCAAGUGCAGACCAUUGAAGCUCAUCCUGGCUACCAACCAGGUGGACCAGGCUAUGACCUCGCAAUGCUCUUCUUAGAGAAACCAGUCCAACUCGAUCAACACGUUGACACAAUCUGCCUGAGCCAACAGCCAUCUGUCCUUGAGAGAAAGUGCAUCUCCGUAGGAUGGGGAAAAACCGUCUUGCAACUCCACGCCGCUGGAGCUCUCAUGAACAAAAUCGAAGUUGACGCUUUGAGCCAAGACCAAUGCAGAUUACGCCUUCAGGGUGCUGAAACGCCACUCGACCUCGACAACAGUCUUGUCUGUGUGAAGGCACACAAACAGAACAACAACAUGUGUCAAGUUGACGUGGGCGGUCCUCUCGCUUGCGACCGUGGCGAUGGACACUACGAGCUCGUUGGUGUCUACAGUCAAGAUACUGGCUGUCUUCCCACCAAUCAGGUCGCAACCUUCGCUUUGAUCGACUACAAGUGGGUCAAUGGUUUGCUGAACCCAUCUCCAAGCAUAACACUUCAACAGCCUCAAGCAUACAACAGUUACGAAGGACCUCAAUCUGUACAGAACAAUAUCCACUAUCACCCACAAGAACCUAAUGUGCCAUGCGAUUGCCAACAUGGAACUCAGCCCGCUGGCGCUAACGCGUAUCUACCUCCAUAUUAAGAUGCUUGAAUCUUAUCAUACGUCAAGCAACGACUGAACGAACAACUAUACGACGCUGCUCUCUUAUAGGAUAAGAGAUUAUUUUUUGUUCUUUUUUUAUCUUAUUGUAAAUGUAAUGCUAUAGCGUAGACGAUUUUAACUGCUAUUUCGAAACGUUCGCUUAUUCCAAUGCUCGUUAGAUGUUUUUUUAUUUUUUUUUUUAUUUCUUUUGCUAAUAAAUCCAUCAUUUAUGAGAUCGUGAGACUACAAGGAUUGAAAUCUAUGCGUGGUUCAGUAAUUAUUUUGGAAUUGCAGAAGUUAAAUUAGAAUGAUUGCAUUUCUAAUUUUUGAGAUGAUAGAUAACCCGAUGUAUAAUAGAAUUUUUUUUAAAUAUCAAAUUUGAUCAAGAUAUGUUUGUUAAUACGUAUGUCAAAAUGAAAAAUUGAACAAUUAAGUACAAUCACUCAAUGAAUCAAUCUAAUAAGCACUGACAAUAAUGAUAAAUUUGGCUGUAUCGGUACAAAUUUUUUACAUUUGGAAAGAAAUAAGAAAACGAGUUAAGAAUAAACGAAUAUGCGAAAAUGUCAGGAUAAGCGGCUUUUCAAAAUUAUUUUUUAUCUAGAGUAAUGUGAGAUCAUAUGAAAAUUGGCCGUUUGUCUUCACACUUGUAAAAAACAAACAUUUAAGUAUUCAGUAUGAUUGUAAUAAGCUAAAUACGUUUAAGCUUAGUUUAAUCUAAAUCCCCUGUAUUGUAAUUUUAGUUUAUUUGUAAUUUUAAGUCUUUAACUUUGCAUUUUUUGUAUUACAAUGAAAUGUAUUGUACAAUACACGAAUGUAUUGCA